CUUUUCGGUCCCCGUAACACUCGCGUUCUUGUUUCCUCAACCAUAGAUUUCUCUCUUCUAAUGCACUCGGGGCACUUCAAUCGACUUCAACCCGGGUUCCUUUUCUGUCCGACAUUUCUUUCGUCUUCUGCUCUCCUCCAAAUCCUCUUCCACUAAUUUCUUGGACAUCCCAAGAGCACACGACUUGCACGACGAAUACACUCCUCUUCACUUUUUCUGGAGCCACUGGCUGGCUAUUGAAGAGACACGGGUUCUACUCCUCUGGAAGAGAAGGACACUAAGAAACACAACACUUCGACACCAAACACGCGUUACCUUUUCUACUCUUCGACCACCUAGCAGACUACACCAUGUCUACACCGGUCCAAGAACUCCCCCGACUAGACUUCCACCCUCCUACUCAUCGAUCAUCAGACGAUGAUGACGAAACAGCGGUUACCGACGCGCCAGAACACUCAAUCGAACCGGAGCAACUACGCAAUCGUCUUAGAGUCGAAACCCGCCGAGAUACCAAUGCUCGCUUCGACGAUGCCAGGCCUUCACCUUCGAAAACCAGGGAGGAAGCCCACCGGCUGGAGGACGAACUUUUGAUGCAGAAAGCCGAAAGACUGGUCUCAACUGAAUCCAGACAGUCUGUAGGCCGCCGGUCUGCCCAACUUCACCGUUCGAGAUCACGAAACGGCCCUGAACCGAUCGAUGAUUUCGACGCCGCCACCAAUCCCAUUCAUGAACGCACGGCCAUCUACAAGCCGCCCGAGAAUCCCACCACCAGAACUUCCAAAUUCUUCAAAUACAUCCACCAGUCGAGCUUCCUUGUUCGCUAUUUUACCUACAUCAUUCCUGUCUUCGCCCUACUCCUCAUACCGAUCCUCAUUGGCGCGUUCCUGCCCAGGGCUCAAAAUGCCAAUGUUGGAGGCGUUGAGCUCUUCUGGUUCGGUGUUUGGCUUGAGAUCGUCUGGUUGACACUCUGGGCCGGCCGACUCGCAGCUUGGUCGAUCCCAUAUCCUCUGGGCGUCAUCGCAAGCCUGUUUAGCAACAACGCCAAGAAAUGGCGCGACUUAGGAAGAGCUCUGGAACUUCCAGCGACUAUAUUCUUUUGGUGGCUAGGCAUUGAGAUAUCCUUCUUGCCUACGAUGAGAAACCACAUCGCUAGUGGCAGCGAGCCUCAUCCGCACUGGCAAGACGUCAUGAACAAGGUUCUUGUUUCUGGCCUUGUUGCAGCCACCCUGAACUUUUUCGAAAAGAUCAUUAUCCAAUUGAUCGCAAUUUCUUUUCACCUUCGUCAAUACUCCGACCGGAUUGAGAUCAACAAAUUUCAAAUCGGAAGUCUGACGAAGCUGUACAUUUACUCCAAGGCCAGGAUAGCCAUGGAGGACGCCGAAUUCGAAGAGAAGCCCCAAGGAAGUGCCUCUGGUACCCGAACUCCUGCUAUGUACGUCGCUCAAGCUGGUCAGGCUGUGAGCAAAGUGGUUGCGAAAGUGGGGGAUGUGGCCGGUACCGUGGCAGGGGAUUUCACUGGCAAACAAGUCGCUAAGAGCGGCCACCCUUCGCAAGUCAUCUUGUCUCUUCUCAAUUCUGUCAGCGGCUCUCAGGUCCUAGCUCGUCGUCUGUACCGAACGUUCGUCCGAGAGGGUUUGGAAUCCAUUUCGGCCGAGGACCUCACGGCGGCCUUCGAUAACGACGAGGAAGCCGAAGCAGCCUUCAGCAUGUUUGAUAAGGACAUGAAUGGGGAUAUUUCAAUGGAAGAACUUGAAGCCGUGUGUGUGGAAAUCGGAAGGGAGCGGAAAUCCAUCACGGCUUCAUUGAAAGACUUGGACUCGGUCGUCAGCAAGCUGGAUAGCGUCCUUCUGUUCAUCGUCUUCAUCAUCACCAUACUGGUCUUCCUUUCCCUUAUUUCCACCGCCGCAGCUGGCGUCCUGACUUCUGCCGGCUCUCUUGUGCUCGGCUUAUCCUGGCUGUUCAGUACCACGGCACAGGAAUUCCUUCAAUCCUGCAUUUUUGUCUUCGUCAAGCAUCCGUUUGAUGUUGGAGACAGAGUGUCGGUCUAUGGUAAUACUGGAUCCAUGGGCAAAGGUGACGACUACUACGUCAAGGAGAUAUCCCUCCUCUACACCGAGUUCAAGAAGAUGGAAGGACAUAUUGUUCAGGCGCCAAACUCAUACCUCAACACACUGUUCAUUCUGAACCAACGUCGUUCCGGAGGCCUGGCUGAGGCUGUGCCUAUUGUCAUCAAGUUUGGCACUACCAUUGAGCAAAUCGAAGGUCUACGGGCCGCUCUGCUUGAUUUCGUCAUAGCUGAGAAGCGUGAGUAUCAAGGCAAAAUCCUCACCGAGCUUCGGGACGUCCAAGAAGUAUACUCGCUCGUCCUCAACGUCGUCUUCUUUUACAAGUCGAACUGGCAAAACGAAUUGAUUCGUCUUCAAAGACGAAACAAGUUCAUCUGCGCCUUGAUGGUGGAAAUGCAAAACCUCGGAAUCGAAGGACCUCGGAAGAACCAAGCUGGUUGGACAUCGGAUACGCCGCUGUAUCUGCAAUCACCUCCUGGUGCACCCCCGUUGUUUGGAAAUGGCCACCUUGAUCCAAAUGGUGGGCAUCCUCCCAGUUCGAUUACUGGUGAAACAAUUCAGCAGACUCCUGUAGCAGGAGCGCCACAACACCACCCCUCGAACCUCCGACGGCGCCCUAGUACGGGUCAGCUCGGGCGUCCGCGAGGUGAAUCUCUCUCUCAGAUGUCCCGACGUGUGGACUUUUCUCUCGGCAUGAGCGACAUCAGUUCUGGAGAUCAGCUGAGUGAUGUUUACGAAACUCGUGGGCGUCCUGAAUACGAUCAAUACAUUCGCGACAGGAACAGAAUUGAGGAGGAACGGAGAUUAUCAUCAUCUCGAGAUCGUGAAGCCGCUGGGAGAUCCAGCUCGAUGGAUCAGCAGCCUCACGCCAUGAGUGGGAUACUAAGACGAUCAACCACGCAAAGCUUUGGAGGACCUCACCGAGCCUCGGUCAGCAGUCAGGACACUCAUCGAAACCGCUUCUUGAGCCGUCUAGGCCGCCCAAGGGGCAGUAGUGAUCUACGACGUGAAUCAUUGGCGGAACAAGGUCAAGCAGUUCGAACGGGUUCAAAUGAAGCAUUCCCGUCCAUGCGGACGUGAGUGAGGGAGUUGAUGGAUUUGUCAGUGGUUUUGAGCGUUGACGACACUGUAAUGACGGUUAGACAUAGAAGGUAUCAAUAGGCCAAAAGGCUAUCCAGCUCAAAGGCUGGUUGUACAUUGACA